CACCUUUAAUACACCAUUUAUCUCUGAACGGCCAUCAUCGCCAAACGCUUGUCUGCGUACAGCGUUCAGUUCGACUCCAUUGUCGGAAGAGCAACGAUCGGCGUUGUUUACACAAUCCCGAUACUGUUCGCUAUUUCGACAGUGGCUCGACUGUUUUUUUUUAAUCCACUCUUUUCCCCCUUCAAAUUACACCUAUUACGGCCUAUCGCCGCCGACCGUAAAUCAGCCUGCCAGUAAUCCGUCCUGCCUCCUUGUCAACAGUCUUGUUGUGACAGCGCGGGACACCGAGGACCACACAAAUGGAGGACGACGCACUGAACAAGGACGAGAAGCAGCGCAAGGACUCGCUGAAAAGUGCAAAGGAUGCAGCGAACGGAGACGGUGGUGGCGGCGGUGGCGACGGCGGUGACAUCGUGCUCAAGCCCAAAAUGACACUCGUCAACGGGAUCACGGUGAUCGUCGGUUCCAUUAUCGGUUCCGGCAUUUUCGUCUCGCCGACCGGUGUCCUCAUCAACACGGGCAGCGUCAACAUGUCGCUGAUCGUCUGGAUCCUCUCCGGGCUGUUCUCGAUGGUUGGUGCCUACUGCUACGCCGAGCUGGGCACAAUGAUCAAAAAGUCGGGCGCAGAUUAUGCGUACAUUAUGGAAACGUUCGGCCCGUUCCUGGCCUUCAUCCGGCUCUGGAUCGAAUGCAUGAUAGUGCGUCCCUGCUCGCAGGCCAUCGUGGCCCUCACGUUCAGCGUGUACGUGCUGAAGCCGUUCUUCCCCGAAUGCCAACCGCCCGAGGAUGCGGCCCGCCUGCUUGCCGUCUGCUGUAUCCUGGUGCUGACGUUCAUCAACUGCUGGGACGUGAAAUGGGCCACGGCGGUACAGGACAUCUUCACCUACGCGAAGCUGCUCGCCCUGUUCAUCAUCAUCGGUGCCGGUGCCUACUACCUGUUCCAAGGCAACACGGAACACUUCACCUUCGAUAACACGAAAACGGAGGUAACAUCGCUCGCAUUGUCCUUCUAUUCGGGUUUGUUUGCCUACAACGGUUGGAACUAUUUGAACUUCAUCAUCGAGGAGCUGAAGGACCCGGUGAAGAAUUUGCCCCGUGCUAUCGCAAUUUCCUGCACGCUGGUGACGGUCGUGUACGUGUUUACCAACGUGUCCUUCUACACGAUCCUGUCGCCGGAGGAGGUGCUCGGCUCGGAGGCGGUCGCCGUCACGUUUGCUGAUCGGGUGUUCGGUAUGUUUGCGUGGACGAUACCGGUGUUUGUCGCCCUGUCAACGUUUGGAGCGGUGAAUGGCAUUCUGCUUACCUCGUCCCGCCUGUUCUACGCCGGCGCUUGCGAAGGUCAGAUGCCGGAGAUUCUUACCAUGAUCCAAAUACAGCGCCUCACACCGACGCCCGCCGUGCUGAUUAUGGCGCUCCUUUCCAUGCUGUAUCUGACGGUAUCGGACAUCUUUGCCCUGAUUAACUACGUUGGGUUCGCCACUUGGCUAAGUAUCGGUGCGGCCGUACUGUGCCUACCGUGGUUACGGUGGAAGCAGCCGAAACUGAACCGCCCGAUCAAGGUGAAUCUCAUCUUCCCCAUCCUGUAUCUGAUCGCCACCGUCUUCGUCACCGUCGUCCCGAUGAUUGCCAGCCCGGUGGAGACGGGCUACGGGUGUCUUAUGAUUCUUUCCAGCAUUCCUGUCUACUUCAUAUUUAUUGCGUGGCGAAACAAACCUAAAUGGUUCAACCGCUCGAUGGUGGGUCUUACACGGUUCCUCCAAAAAAUGCUCAUGGUCGUAGGAAAGACCAAACCAGCUCAGGUUUAAACAAACAUGCAUCCAUACGAUCAUACGAACACACCGUUGCCAUCAUUUGCUGUGUAUGCCGACCAAAACGAGGAUAGAGCAAUUCCAGCUCUACAUUCCAGAACGGCGCAGAAGUAGUAGUGAGAAAGGAUUAGAGCGAUCUUUAUGUUGUUUUAAAACGUUUUUUUUUAAUUUGUGCUUGUUUGAUCGUCCCAUCCCUUGCUGAAGGCUGUUAAAAUGUAUUCGUUUCUUUUAAAGUAAUUAUUAUAUUAUGUUCUAACAAUUUGACGUCAGUUACAAAUUGAUUUCGUUAGAAGGGAUGCCACGAGGCGAAAAAAGAAAAUGCCGCGGAAAAAGUAUCAGUAAGACAGACGAUUGUGUGAAAUAAUUGCAUUUCAAAGAAACAUUCCCAUCACUGUUUUUCGUUCUGCUCGAACAGGCGCAAUAGUUCCUUGAGUAGAAGUCAGUCAGGCGCACAUCUCAACCAUUUAUCAAACAACUCAAAGCAAAACAGGUCCACAAGUCAGGGAAACAGUGUUCAGGUUUUAAAAAAGUUCACUCAACGUUUAUGUUUUCUAGCUGAAUAAUUACUGAAUCGGCUCUGCAGAACAGCUACUGGCUUUUACUUUUUUUUAUUCGAUUUCAGUCAACGAAAAGCACAUAUCAAUAUUUUAAUCAAGUUGGAGUAUGUGUUACGCCGCCAGAACCAGAAUGGUGCUUGUUUCUGUUUAAAUAAGCUAUUUAUAUAAACACAUUCCAUAGGGGAAAGGAUUGGUAAAUUGCUAAAUUAUUCCGUGUGCUUGGUAACUGCUAACAAAUAAAAAACGGGCAAAAAGCUAUACAAUUGCAAACCUAUUUAAAAUUAACUACUGCAAACCAAACAUUUGCAUGAAACGUAUUCAAAUUAUAGCGAAAAGACUUUGUCGUUUAAAAAAUUAACAGAAAGUUGUUUUAAACGGAGCUUCCAUAGGCCUGAUUUCUAACGUAAAUGUGGUCGAUCAGCAUUGGUCCACUCGUGUCGAAAGCAUUGUAGUCGAAUUAGUGAAGGAAAGGAAGUGUAAGGAGUAACGCAUACAUAUAUGUAUAGCUCGUAUGGUUCUGCACGAUCUCUGUGCAAAAACAGAUUUGCAAAGAGAAGAAAAAGUCCCAAAUGAGCUAUGUUGUUGACAAUAAUAAUAGAAACACAAUGUUCGCACGUAAAACCCUGGACGGGUAUUGGUAGUGGCUGCUGUCGAAUACAUGUAUUAUUCAUAAUCUCAAUCAUCAUGCUCGAAUAGAGAAAGUAUAUCGUUAGGUGUCAUAUAGUUCUACAUGUAUAUAGAGCGUACAAAUGAAUGCAAACCCCGGCGCCUUCGCAGCGAUCAGAUCCUUGGAAAUAUUUAUCGAAGCGAUGAAGCAAGCUACAGGAGACGAUAACAUUCAGGCAUGAGUGCCGUGCGAAAAUAGCCAGCGAUGUAUCAAUGUAUUGUAAAGUAUUGUCAAAUAUACGAUGAAACAAACCAAA